AUGGACGGCGACGAUCUUUUCGACGUCUUCUCCGAGGUUCCUUCGGCAGUUCCGGAAAAGGUUCCACAAAAACCCAAGGAAGAACCCAAAGAGGAAUCCAAAAACCUGAAAAAGAGAUCAGCAUCUCCAGAACCUAUCCAAGAUACCCACAAGAAACAGGACAAGUCUGUGGAACCCAAGAAGGUCAACCCAGUAGUGAGUGAUGCCUUGGAAAUCGAGGCUUCCCGUGAAGUAGCACCAUCCGCUGGCUUGCUAGCUCCAAGCUCUACUGAACCAGAAGAAAAGUCUGGACUCAAGUUAAAGCAUCAAGUCAGACAUCAGGUUGCCAUUCCUCCAGACUACCCCUACGUUCCUAUUGGAGAGCACGUUCGUCAGAAUGAAGCAAGAACAUAUCCGUUCACGUUGGAUCCUUUCCAGGACACCGCUAUUUCAUGUAUCGACAGAGAUGAGUCUGUGUUGGUGUCUGCGCAUACCUCUGCUGGUAAAACGGUGGUGGCAGAGUAUGCCAUUGCCCAGUCACUCAGAGACAAGCAGAGAGUUAUUUACACAUCUCCAAUUAAGGCAUUGAGUAACCAAAAGUAUAGAGAGCUUCUUGCUGAGUUUGGAGAUGUAGGUUUGAUGACUGGUGAUGUGACCAUCAACCCAGAUGCUGGAUGUCUAGUGAUGACCACCGAAAUUUUACGAAGCAUGUUGUACCGUGGUUCCGAGGUCAUGAGAGAAGUUGCAUGGGUCAUUUUCGAUGAGGUGCACUACAUGAGAGAUAAGUCUAGAGGUGUCGUGUGGGAAGAAACCAUCAUUUUGCUUCCAGAUAAGGUGCACCAUGUUUUCCUUUCUGCCACUAUUCCAAACGCCAUGGAGUUUGCUGAGUGGGUUGUGAAGACCCACAACCAGCCUUGUCAUGUGGUUUACACCGAUUUCCGUCCUACUCCUUUACAACAUUACUUGUUUCCUGCUGCUGGAGACGGAAUCCAUUUGGUGGUCGAUGAGAAGGGAACUUUCCGUGAAGAGAAUUUCCAGAAGGCCAUGUCGUCUAUCUCUAAUAACAUUGGUGAUGAUCCAGCAUCUGCAGAGUCGAAAGGAAAGAAGAGUGGCCAGACAUACAAGGGUGGAAAUAAGGAUGGUAAGAGUGAUAUCUACAAGAUCGUCAAGAUGAUUUACAUGAAAAGAUACAACCCUGUAAUUGUCUUUUCUUUCUCAAAGAGAGAUUGUGAGUCGCUUGCACUUAAGAUGUCGAAGUUGGACUUUAACAACGACGAAGAGAGACAGGCACUUUCGAAGAUCUUCGACAAUGCUAUCAGCUUGUUACCUGAUGCUGAUAAAGAACUUCCUCAAAUCAAAAACAUUUUACCUCUUUUAAAGAGAGGAAUUGGUAUCCACCACUCCGGAUUGUUGCCUAUUCUUAAAGAAAUCAUCGAAAUUUUGUUCCAGGAAGGACUUCUUAAAGUUCUUUUCGCUACCGAAACCUUUUCCAUUGGACUUAACAUGCCUGCAAAGACUGUGGUUUUCACUUCCGUCAGAAAAUGGGAUGGUAAGGGAUUCCGUUGGGUUUCUGGUGGUGAAUACAUCCAGAUGUCUGGUAGAGCUGGUAGAAGAGGUUUGGAUGAUAGAGGUAUUGUUAUCAUGAUGAUUGACGAGAAAAUGGAGCCCCAGGUGGCCAAAGGAAUGGUCAAGGGUCAAGCAGACAGAUUGGAUUCUGCAUUUCACUUGGGUUAUAAUAUGAUCUUGAAUUUGAUGCGCGUGGAAGGAAUUUCACCUGAAUUCAUGUUGGAGAGCUCUUUCUACCAAUUUCAAAAUGCAGCCUCUGUCCCUGUUAUGGAAAAUGAAUUGCAAAAGUUGACUUUGGAGUAUAACAGCACUAAUGUCGAGGAUGAAUUUUUGGUUAAGGAAUACUACGACUUGAAGAAGCAAUUGGAAACUUACCAAAAUGAUCUUCGUCGUGUUAUCACACACCCAGGCCACAUUUUGCCAUUCUUGCAACCUGGAAGAGUUAUUAAGGUGAAAGUUGGAGAUCAGGAGUAUGGCUGGGGUAUGGUGGCAUCUUUUAGCAAGAGAUCGAACAAGAGAAACCCAUCUCAAGUGUUCACAGACCACGAGUCGUACAUUGUGUCUGUGUUUGUGUGUACAAUGUUUGUUGAUGCUCCAGUCAAUUUGAUCAAGCCAUUUAACCCACUUCUCCCUGAAGGAAUCCGUCCAGCUACCGGUGAAGAGAAAUCGAGAGCGGAAUACCUUCCGAUCACAUUGGACUCCAUUGAAGCCAUUUCGAGUGUUCGCUUAAAAGUUCCUGAGGAUUUCAAGAGCUCAACUGCUAAGCGCAACAUGGUCCGUACAUUGAAAGACUUGCCAAAAAAGCUUCCAGAUGGAAUUCCGUUGAUGGAUCCAAUUCAAAGUAUGAAGAUCGACGAUACUGAUUUCAAGAUGUUGGUGAGAAAGAUCGAUGUUUUGGAGGGUAAGUUGGCCACCAACCCAUUGCAUGAUUCAGACAGAAUCACCGAGUUAUACAGCAAGUUUUCUCAGAAGAUGGACAUUGAUACCAAGAUCAAAGAGAUCAAGGAGAAGAUUCUUGAAGCACAGGCAGUCAUUCAGCUUGACGAUUUGAAGCACAGAAAAAGAGUAUUGAGAAAGCUAGGAUUCACAACCCAAAACGAUAUCAUAGAGUUGAAGGGCCGUGUUGCUUGCGAGAUCUCUACUGGAGACGAACUUCUUCUCACCGAAUUGAUCUUCAACGGUACAUUCAAUGAUUUAACAUCGGAACAAUGUGCUGCUUUGCUCUCAUGUUUUGUGUUCCAGGAAAGAGCCAAGGAAGUUCCACGUCUCAAGCCCGAGUUGGCAGAACCUUUGAAGGCAAUGCAAGAUAUGGCCACCAGAUUGGCUAAGACCUAUAGAGAGUGCAAGAUCGAGAUUGUCGAGAAGGACUACGUUGAGCAAUUCCGUCCCGAGCUUAUGGAAGUCACAUAUGCUUGGUGCAAGGGAGCAUCGUUUACUCAGAUCUGUAAAAUGACUGAUGUGUAUGAAGGAUCUCUUAUCAGAAUGUUUAAGAGAUUGGAAGAGAUGAUUCGCCAAAUGGUCACAGCAGCAAAGACAAUUGGUAAUGUUGCUUUGGAAGAGAAGAUGGAGAAGGCUGCCGAGUUGGUGCACAGAGACAUUGUUUCUGCUGGGUCGUUGUACUUGUAG